UUUAUCAUCCUCUUGUCCAAUUUUCUCUCUUCCACAAAAUUGCACAGAGCUUCCUCAUGUCCAAUUUUCUAUCUCUUCAACACAAUUGCACAGAGCUUCCUCAUGUCCAGUUUUCCCGCUCUUCCGCAUAAUCACACAUGAGCUUUGUGCAUCAUCCAUAUAAAAACUAGUGGUGUAGGGACCUGCAAAGUAUUUCAACCAUGGCGUGCCUGCGACCUGUCCUUCUGACUCUCUGCCUCUUCUCUCUGCAACUCUUCCUUGUGUGCGUUAAUGGCAACGCAGCUCUGAUCGAGAAGACGUGCAAGACCACGUUGUACUACGAUGUGUGUGUCGCUGCUCUGAAUUCGGACCACUCUAGUGCGAAGGCAGACGUGCCGGGGCUGGCGGCCAUAGCCCUUAAGAAGAGCUUGGGCAAGGCCACUGACACCAAGAAUUACAUCGCAGGGCUCGGCCAGGACCCCGCCAUCAGCGACUGUGCUGAGAACUACGAUGAUGCCGUUGACAACCUUAACCAAUCGGUUGGUGCCCUCGCUUCGCGGGCUUUCGACGAUGUCAACACCUGGGUUUCUGGUGCCAUGACCGAUGCCGACUCCUGUGAAGAUGGCUUUGAGGGAAAGCCUCCCAAUCCCUUGGGCCAGAGGAAUGAAGACCUCAACAAACUUUGCAGCAUCACCUUAGCCAUUGUCAAACUCAUUUGAUUCUCUCUCUCUCUCUCAUGGCGCCUUAAUAAAGCAAAUGAACAGCUCAAUAAUGCCGCACGGCAUAGAAAUUGUUACCAAGUAGGUUUGUGGCCAAGGACUUAUGUUUUGU